AUGCUUCUCCUCGACUACCAGAAUGUGCUCAUCCAAUCGCUCCUCACAGAGCGCUUCUCCGGUGUGCCCCCGGUUUCAAUAGACCAGGUCGUGUCCGACUUUGAUGGUGUCACAUUCCACGUCUCCACACCGGAAUCGAAGUCGCGAAUCGUCAUCUCGAUCGCUCUCAAGUGCUUCCGCGAAUUGCUGCAGUACGGAGCCCAGGCCGUGUUGGAGCGGGAAUAUGGACCAUACAUUAUUGACACGGAGCCCGGAUACGACUUUUCAGUCCAGAUCGACCUAGAGAACCUGCCGGCAGAUGAAGAAGGGAAGGAGGAGCUGGUCACGCGUCUGUCAUUGCUCAAACGUAACGUCAUGGCUGCCCCGUUCGAGCGUGCCUUCGAUGAGUUUGCCAAGCUUUCCGAGGAAGCAUCCAAAUACACGACCGAAUCCGCUCCACAGGGUAUCAAGGAGGGCGGCGAAGUGAUGGCUAUUCAUUACCGUGAAGAAGAGGCCAUCUACAUCAAGUCCAGCCAUGAUCGCGUGACUGUCAUCUUCAGCACCAUUUUCCGGGAGGAAACGGAUCGCAUAUUUGGCAAGGUCUUUUUACAAGAAUUCGUCGAUGCCCGAAGACGUGUACAGACGCUGCAAAAUGCUCCCCAAGUCCUCUUCCGAAACGACCUUCCCCUCGAAUUGGAGGGCGUCCCGGGAUUGAAAAACUCGGGCGACGGACAAUAUAGCUAUAUUACCUUUGUUCUUUUCCCUCGACACUUGACCCCGCAACGACGCUAUGACAGUAUCUCACAUAUUCAGACGUUCCGUGACUACUUCCACUACCAUAUCAAGGCAUCAAAAGCUUAUAUCCACACUCGUAUGCGAAAGCGCACCGCGGACUUCCUUCAAGUUCUCAACCGUGCGAGACCAGAGAACGAAGAGCGCGAGAGGAAGACGGCCAGUGGAAGGACGUUCCGGGUUCAAGGGUGA